CAGCCACUCUCGGCGCUUGCUACUUGCUAGCACGACGUGUGUUGAUACGUCGGUUAUUUUACACUCUAUUUUACACCACCAAAGCGUACAAUAAUGUCGUCGGAGACUAUCAGGAAACGAAAGUCGAAGGUUCUUCGCAAUGAAGGAACAACACAAGAAGUGAAGCGAGGGCGACCAGAAGGAGAGCAGCAGGACGUACCAGUGUAUAAUGAGGAGGUGGAGUUGGAUGCCAGGGAACCUGAGCAGGACUGUCAGCAGUUCAAAGAAACAUGUGAAAGUUUAGCCACACUCAUGAAUGAGAUCCAGCAGCUGAAGGCUAACGGUGCAAAAGAAGGGAGCAUUGAGGUUGAACAAAAACGCAUGCAAGGAUGCAUCUACUUCAUGAAUUUGAAAAAGCUCAACCGUCUGGCUCACAUGCGACUUAAAAGAGGCAGAGACCAGACGCAUGAGGCAAAGCAGAAAGUGGAUGUGCUGCAUCUGCAGUUACAGAAUCUUCUGUAUGAAGUCAUGCAUCUUCAGAAGGAGAUCAGCAAGUGCCUGGAGUUUAAAUCCAAGCAUGAAGACAUUGACCUGGUUAGCGUUGAAGAGUUUUACCAGGAAGCACCAGAGGAGAUCUCCAGACCACACCUCACAAAAACCGAUUCACACCAGCUGACACUGGCCAGACUUGACUGGGAGCUGGAACAGAGGAAGAGGUUGGCUGAAAAGUACAAGGAUUCGCUGGCUUCUGAGGAGAAGAUCCAAAAGAGUAUUGAGGUCAAGAAGGAGCAUCUCAGAAGCUUGCAACCAGGACUCAAAGCCAUUAUGCAGGCCUCUAUUCCAGUUCAGCAAUACCUCUCAAUGCCGUAUGAGAAAAUCCAGAAACAGACGGAAGUUGCUCGGCAUCUUCCGCCACCCCUCUAUGUUGUUUUUGUUCAAGCUAACGCCUAUGGUCAGGCCUGUGAUAAGAACCUGACUGUGUCAAUCAUUGGUGAUGUUGAGGAAGCCAGAGCUUUAUCCAAACCUCCAGAGGAUUCUCAAGAUGACGAGAGUGAUUCUGACGCUGAGGAGGAGCAGGAGAAAACGAAAAGGAGAAGGUUGACAACAGCUGCCCAGCUGGAAGAGAAAAGAAGGGAGACGCUGAAACGCCACCCUUUGUCCCUCUGCUUCGACCUUAAAUGUAAAGAGGGCAGCGUUCUACAUCUCUACUUCUACUACUUGAUGAACCUUAACAUUUUGACUGUCAAGACCAAAGUAUCCGCAUCUAUGGACCUGAACACAGCUGUCAGUGCUGGUGAUCUUUUAAAGUCAGACACUCUCCUCAGCUGUCUGUACUCGGGGGAUAACGGAUGUGAGACUCCAAAUCCUGCCAACCGCUAUCAGUUUGACAAAGUCGGGAUUGUUUCUUUUGCCGACCAUGUCGAUGAGCUGGGUCAUCCGUACUUAUGGGUGCAGAAUCUCGGAGGGAUACACUUUCCCUCUGAAAGUUCUGAGGCUGUGAAUGCGGGGAGCUCCUUGAGCGCCAGCCACAUGGAGAGCACCAUCAAGCUGUUGAGAGGACGGAUCCAGUCCCGCUUGGCUUUGCAUAAGCAGUUCACUUCUCUGGAACACAGCAUCCUCCCCGUCAUCACGGAGUGUCAGCACCUUUUCCCAGCCAAGAUCAUCUCGCGUUUAGCACGCUGGACCGCCAUCACAUACCAGGAUUACAUGGCGCUGCCCUAUACUAGUCAUGUGGUAAAUGCUGGUCUGGCCAAGGACACAGAUCUCUACUUCAUGGGUGUUUUGGAGCGAGGAACUGCUUGCCUGAAGGCUGCGGUGGUGAUGAGCCCUCGCUACCCGGAAAUCUCUCCUCUUUUCUCCAUCCUGCUCAGCUGGAAAGGCGAGCGCAGCGGCCGCACUGACGAUAACCUGCGGGCCAUCGAGAGCGAAGUGAACGUGUUCCGAAAUGAACUGCAGGGACCCAAACCUGGCCACCAGCUCCUCACCAAUCAGAUCGCACGCCUGUGUGUGUGUCUGGACGUGUACCUGGAGACCGAAGGUCACGAUGACGGUGUGGAGGGACCCAGAGAGUUUCCCCGUGAGAAGAUGUGUCUGCGCACGGUCAGAGGUCCCAAUCGACUGAAGCCGUUCAAAUACAACCAUCCUCAGGGAUUCUUCAGUCAUCGCUGAACCAGCAAAAAUAAAAAAACCUUUUUGCUCGACAAGCAUGUCAAGAGCUGUCCUGUAACAUUUUUC